UGAUAUGUAUCUUAAGAAAGAGGGAAGUUUAGAGAUUUUAAUGUAAAAACAUGUGUUAGUGUGGAUUCACAUAUGCGCUGCAUAAUUGUGACGUUCUGUCAUUCAAUGUCUAAGCUGCGCAUGAAACAUAGUUCUUUUUAUAGAUAAUCUAAUAGUUUCAUUUCACAAAGUUUAUGCUCAUUGUAAUUGAAUUUUUUGUGUCUCGAAUGCCUUGUCAUCUUCUAUUUAUCAGUAAUUAAUAAUUUUCGAAUGAUAUUUUCUUCGCGUUAGUUUGAAAAUUUCGUUAUGAGUGCUACAUUAAGCUCAAGAGCUGAACAAUAUUUCUACAGUAUAAAUCCCUUGGCACAAAGGAUAGGAGAAGAUAUAACUGCAACUAAGGAAGCUUACGAAGGCCUAUGGAACACAUUAAGCAUAGCAGAACGGAAUCAAGCAAUUAAUGAAACUAUCAUUCAACCAGAGGUUGCAUUAAAAUAUACUUUGAAAAAACAUGAGCUCACUAGAGAAUUACCCGAAUGGUAUCCGAAACUACGCAUACAGACAGGAAUGAAAUAUGUUAUCGAUGAAACUGGUUCUACAUUGCGAUGGCGUGAUGAGCAUUCAGCUCCAUUUUCAUUCAUGACUCAGUCACAGAUGAAUCUUAGUAUAAUAGAUUCAACAGAGGAUGCAAAAUCAAAAUUAAUAAGAACUCAAUUUGGAGAGUUACCACAUUUCUCAAGCCCAGCGAAAUCACAUAGAAACAAUUCAAACUCUCUUAAUGAUGCUUAUACUUCAUCUCAUGCGGUUAACCGCUUCCAAUCUGAUUGUUUUUCAAGUAAUAUUUUUGAGAAUGAGCAGUGUAGCAGUUUGUUGAAAGGCAAUGUUGAUAACGAUCAUUCUGAAAGUAUAUUUGCUAAACUGAUGAACAAGACGUCUUUAUUGAAAUUACAAAACAAUUUGGCAGACGAUAUGGAAAGUUUAGUCAGGGAAAGGGACUCAGAUACUGAUAAAAGUCAAACAAAUACAUUAGUGGUUAUGUCGCGUACAAAAUCAAGUGACAUUAAUGAGUCAACAGCGCUAUUAGAGACUCCUAGUUCUUACAGUAGUUUCCAAUCUUCUCAAUUGAAUCAGGAAGAAGAAGAAAGGACUAUACCAAAAACUGGUUUUGAAUUUCUUGAUAAUUGGUAGAUAUAUCGUGAUACGUACGAGAUACUAAAUACGUUUACAUUUAAAUUGCUACAUAUUAUUACUAAUUAUUAAUGUAAGUUUACGUUAAAUCGCGUUUGUACAAUUUUAGUUCCUAAAACGGUAAUGCCAUGACGGUAUUGAUCAACAUUUCUUUAGAUAAUAUUCAUUUUUUAAGGUACAUUUCUAGAUAUUUUCUAAUGUCACUUAUGAUCUCAAAUUGCGAUGCAUUUGCGAAUUAACUUUGCUAUGAAAUAUGUAUUGGUUGCGAAUUUGUGAGUUUAAUCAGGGGUAAUGAGUGCAUAUUCAAUACAGCAGAGUUUCUAUACAAUUUAUGUAAAUUCUCUAUCGCUAUAAUGAAGAGGCCUUUUUUUACAUCUAACUAUAUGCGGAAAUUUCGACAUAUAUCUACUGAUAUAUGAAAAACAAAGAAAAUAAUCAGAAACAUCGAGAAAAACACUUUACAAGGAUUUAACGCUUCAAUAUUUGUAUUUUCAUUUAGAGAAAUUUUUACGAUUUUAUAUUACGUGUAUAUUUUUAAGAUAAUCAUUGACUUUCAUUAUCUGAUCAUGAAAGAUCGUCGUCAGUUAUAUAAAGAAUAUUUAAUGAAAGACUGAAGAGGCUAUCUCAUUUCAUUUUUACUAUGUUCAUAUUCGAUAAGAUUCGCCAUUAACUGGUUUCUCAACCGUACGAUGAUACAUUUUAUAUAGACUAUUCAGACUAUUCAAUGGUUAAAUAUGUAGUCCUCUAUAGUAAUAGCAAUAAUUUAGAAUAAUUGAUGUUACUUGCUCUCUUCUUGUUCUUCUGUGUCGUGAGAGAUGAAUUAACGAACAGAAUAAAUCACGUGUAUGUGUCUGCGUGAAACGGGUUGUGCUUGCAUGUUUAGUAACUGAAAAAUAUCAAGUCAUUUUUUAUUGAAAUAUACAUACAUGUAUGUAUAUUAUACAGUAUUUUAGAAGCAUUUAUUAUAAUAUUUAAAUACAUUCAUUCAUGUAA